AAUAAGAGAGGCAACAAUAUUUCGGCGAUUCACUUGACACGUCCCUGGUGAGAGGAUUCUAAAGACUCCUCUAUCAUGGGGAGCCGAGAGAAAAAGUGGACUGUUCCGGUGGUUCUUUUUGGACUGCUUCAGUUGAGUUUUGGAGAACCUGAUUCGCAGGUCUGUCCCCCAUCUUCUGGCACCAUCUACGACUAUGGAGCCAACACUAUAAAUGGGUGUGAGAACAUUAAUUUCAGCUCGUAUGCUGGGAAGACAGUCCUCAUCGUAAACGUUGCCACGUACUGAGGACUAACUUACCAGUAUGUGGAACUGAAUGCACUGCACGAGGAGUUGAAGGGUCAAGGAUUCACCAUUCUUGGGUUUCCAUGCCACCAGUUUGGCCUACAAGAGCCGGGCGCAAACCAUGAAAUUCUGCCCACUCUGAAGUAUGCUCGCAUAGGCAAUGGGUUUGUUCCCAACUUCCAGUUGUUUGAAAAGGGUGAUGUGAAUGGUGUGAAUGAACAACCCCUCUUCAAAUUCCUCAAGAACGCUUGCCCACCUGUUGGAGAGGACUUUGGGGAUCCCACGAAAAGGCUGUUCUGGCAGCCUCUCAAAACAAACGACAUCAAAUGGAACUUUGAGAAGUUCCUUAUCGGACCGGACGGAAAGCCUGUGAUGCGGUGGUUCCCGAGGGUGAACGUCUCCGAAGUCCGAGCAGAUAUCCUGAAAUACUUCCACACACGCAACUCCCAAACACGCAACUCCCAAACACGUAACUAAAUAUGAAUAUGCUCCAUCUACUGUCUGACAACACAGAAAUCUGACCUCCAGCAACCAUUUUCAACAUGUCAAAUUCCAUUAUGGCGUAUACUCCUAAACAAUCUAAAAAUUAAUAGCGUACUAUUAGACGCAGUUUAUACAUUGAUUCUGCUAAAUUUCUUCAGUUAUGAGGUUAAUACACAGGAAAUUACUGUAAGUGAUAACAACCCCCUCCCCCAUAAAAAACUAAACAAAACAAAAAUGUAGAAAGUGUUAGAAAGCGAGGCCCUCUGUGUCCACGUGUGUGUGUGUGUGUGUGUGUGUGUCUCCCUGGCAGCAGUAGGUCGUGGCGUCGGUGUGGAGGGUGGAAGAGGGUGCCUAUUAGUGACGGUGAGGCCUGAAAGCAGAGACCCUGUGGGGCCUCACCUGAAGGACACAGGGCCAGGGUGGCUCUUCUCAGUGCAUUCAAGCCACUCUGGAGCCCCUGUGGAGUCAGGCCUUCUUCCCCAGUACCCCACGGACACACAGUAACUACUGAAGCCUUCAUGUAUUUGUUUCAAUCAUUAAAAAAAAUCCUUUUGUGGACAA